CGGCACUGCUUCAAUCUUACAUACCGUACUCGCAAAUAAUAAUUCCGAGCUGUGAUACACCAUGGCUCAGGCCAUGAAGGCUGUGUUCUCUGCGUCGUUGGUGAGCUCAUCAAGUAUUCUGAGCGCAGCUGAUAAUAUCUCUAUCGCCGAGAACACUCCGGGCGUACUUGUGCGCCCCCGUGACUGCGCUGGCGUCACCCGAAUCAUGGUGGAAGAGUCGGUGAAGGGAAAGGCCUGCAUGAUUUGCCUGGAGGUCAUGCCGGAGUCAGACCGCUGGGCUGUGAAGCAUGUCAGCACAGAUGAUGCCCACUUCGGCGUGCACCGCGACUGCGCCAGGUCGCUUGGCGGACGCUGUCCCGCCUGCAGGGAGCCAACCUCGGAGCUGAUCGACAUGUGCGAGGUUACGCGUGUGUAUGUGGUCUCAGACGACGCGGACUGACGCGGACUGGCGCCUUAGCUAGGCGCAGCAGCUAUUGCUAGGGGCUCCCGUGUGGGACUCCUCAGUACCGUGGGCUGCUUUGAUGCUAUUAUGAUGUUAUUGUAUAUAAGGCCAGGCACUCAGGCAGGAUGGGGCAGGAAAGCGCAGAGGCGCGUGCGUGCCAGAUGUCGGCAUAUGGUAGUCACCAAAGGGGGUUCCAGGCAUGACUGGUUAACAGAGGGUUGUGUUCGAAACGGCACAGCGCGGCACGGAGUUAAUGCCGACUGCCACCGGUGGUGUUUGGGUACGUGUAUGAGGUGGAGACGGGCCGCAUCCGCGAGGUCAAGUAGGAGCACGGGUUUUGUGCCCGAGCCCACUGAGAUAAGAAGGCCACUGAAAUAAGAGGGGAACGCGGUAGGCGCAGGCGGGGUGCCUUGAGAGUGGGGGGGAGAGGCUGCGGUUGUGAGGCGAUCCGGAUGAGUGAUGACCGAUGAGUGUUGAGUGAUUGGGGGAGAGAGGCAGAGCGCACUGGGAGGCCCCAGAGAGAGGAGCGGCGGACGGCGGCGGACACGACUGGGGCGCAUGCAGAGGGUGCUGUCAGCGCAUGGGCAGCAGCAGCAGCAGCAGCGGCGGCGGCAGCAGGAGGACGGGCGUCUGGCUAGGCUGGUCGUGGAGGCGUGAGGGUGGUGCUGGCGGGAGGCAUUCCGCACUGGUUGGUUGCAUUAUCAUCGAAAUGCGGGCAGCCGGAGGUGGUGUGGGCCGGGUGCAGCAACUCGCACAGAUUGCGUUGUGCACCGGAAGCGGAGUGUGUGUAACGAAUGGUGAGCGC